AUGUCGUUGAACAGGAUAUUGCCAUCGCUUCCUGCGAUAACAUCUCAGGCUACCGUACGACUGCGCCCUGCACCCAAAGGACGUUUUCGCCCCAAUUUCCCCACCGCCCACCUGAGUAGCUGGCGAGGCACCAGCACUGAGGACCAAAGUGUGAACCGCGUGAAGAAGGGGGACAUCACGGAUCCGCAAACUGAAGCCACUAGGUCGGGCCGUAAGGAGAAAGGAAAGAAGAGUGGCUUGGAUGAUAUGUCAAAAAGCCAAUCCACAACAGAGAGGGACCAGCAGAACUCAACAAGCAAAGCAGAGAAAGAAUUUCCCAAGGCGCCAAAACCAGUCAUUGGAAUGACGGACGAACGGGGUGAGGUCAGUACUAAUGGGAUGCCAAUUCCUGUUUCAAUAUUCGCUGAGGGUGGGUGGCUGAUAUUUGCAUUCGUGAGUGGCGCAGAAGGGUGCAUGAGUAUGGUCCACCGGGAGGAGGAAAAAGAGGAUCUGGAGAUAUUCCCGGUCUAG